AUGUUGUUGCCGCUCAGAUUGGUCAUUGUCGGCUUCCUCUUCGCAGUUGAAGCCAGGCUGGCCCCUAUCGAGGCCGAUCCUAGGGCCUCUGUCGGGGACCUCGUCAAUUGCCUUGGCAACCAAACCCGCUUCGUGAUUCAUCCGCACGCACUCGGCAUCUUCGUACAAUCGACACCGUACAGCUGCACGGCUGCCGGAUGGUUUGAUGACGCUGUCACGGAUUGCAUCUCUUCCCUCAAUAUGACAGGCGCUCAGGCCGCGAUCGUACCUCUUGACGUGCUUCAGCCCACAAACACUUCUCUCUCCACAAACUCCGUGUUGGUGCCGCUCGAAUUUGUGCCGGAACCAGGUUGCCCGGAAUCGUCGUACGAGGAUAGAGGUUCCACGCUCAAUGCCACUGUUCACGACCUUGUCGAGUGUCUUGGCAACACAACCCGUUACAGGAUUCAGGAAGAAGGUAGGGGAAGUCUUUUCGUGGAAACGACUCCUUUCAACUACGAUGAGCUCGUCGAAGAGUCAGAUGGAGGUCUUUGGGACUGCCUCAACUCCCUCCGCAUGUGGGAUGUCACGACCCAAAUUGUCUCUCUCGAACGCCUUCGGGCCAUCAAUACCGUUCUGGUUCCGCUUGACUUUGUACCGAGGUCGUCUGACGCGGAUCUAAGUCACGACGAGACAGGAACCGCAUCCCGAGCCACCGUUCGAGACCUAGUCGGAUGCCUUGGCCUAGGCUCCCACUACACGAUCCACCCGGACGGAGCAGGCAUCUUCGUUCAAUCACAUCCUUAUGGCUGGAUGCCUACCGAAGACGAGGACCUGGACGUUUCAGACUGCGUUCUUGAACUUGGUAUGGAUGGUGUGAGACAACAAGUAGUACGACUGGAAAUGCUUCGUCAGGCGGACGCUUCACAGGGUGACAGGUAUGUCGAGGUCCCGCUCGACUUUGUGCCCAAAGAAGAUAACCAGUACGCCUGGCGUGAUUACGAAACUCAGACCUACCGAAGACCUGGAGCUCAAAGCAAAGACGGAGGCAUUGUGGACCCUGCUGCCGAGGGACAGCUUCCGCUCAGCCCUACAGUCGUGGCGUGA